GGCGGCGGUGGUGACUUCCCGGACGGUUGGGGGCUCAGCGGACUGGCACGCAGCCCGAGGGCUUUCAGGGGGGGCCCGGGUGUUGAGGGGCGACUGGAGCCAUGGCGGAGUCGGCGCCUGCUCGGCACAGGAGGAAACGACGCUCCACACCUUUAACUUCUCCUGCACUUCCUUCACAAGCAUCAGAGAAAAGCCCCUAUUUUCAGACCACAGAGAUCUCACUCUGGACAGUGGUGGCUGCUAUUCAGGCUGUGGAGAAGAAGAUGGAGUCCCAGGCUGCCCAGAUACAGAGCCUGGAGGGACGCACAGGGACAGCUGAGAAGAAGCUGGCAGACUAUGAGAAGAUGGCCAUGGAGUUUGGGAACCAGCUGGAGGGCAAGUGGGCCGUGCUGGGGACCCUGCUGCAGGAGUACGGGCUGCUGCAGCGGCGGCUGGAGAACGUGGAGAACCUGCUGCGCAACAGAAACUUCUGGAUCCUGCGGCUGCCCCCAGGCAGCAAGGAGGAGGACCCCAAGGUGUCCAGGCCACUUGAGAAUGAUGGCGUCUGUUUCUCCGAGCAGGAGUGGGAGAAUCUGGAGGACUGGCAGAAGGAGCUCUACAGAAACGUGAUGCAGAGCAACUAUGAGACACUGGUCUCCCUGAAGGUCCUUGGCCAGUCAGAGGGAGAAGCAGAGUUGGGUACAGAGAUGCUGGGUGACUUGGAGGAGGAAGGCCCUGGUGGUGCCCACCCAGCAGAUGGGGUCAUGAUCAAGCAAGAGCUACAGUACAAGCAGGAAGGCUCUGUGGAUCUUCCUGGAGAGUUCUCGGGCAUUGCUGAAGAGCAGGCUUUCCUGAGCCCGGAGCAGACUGAUCUCUGGAAUGGUCAGAGUAGUUCUGUCCUCCUGGAAACAGGUCCUGGGGACUGUAAUCUAGAAGAGCCCAUUGAGAGCAGUAGAGACCCUAGUGGUGGCAGAACUCUGGGCUGCCGUUCGAAGCAGAAAUCUCAUAGGCAGGUACAACUGGGUCAGGAAUGUGGGCAGGGCCUCAGGCUGAAAAGGGACACUUCAAGCUCCUAUGAAUGUUCUGAGUGUGAGAUCAGCUUUUGCUACAAGCAGCAGCUGGCUGCACAUCUGCGGAGCCACUCAGGGUGGGAGUCUUACACAGCCACAGAGCCAGAGGAGAGCCUUAGGCCUAGGCCACGGCUUAAACCCCCGAGCAAGAAGGCGAAGUUGCAUCAGUGCGAUGUGUGCCUGAGGAGCUUUAGCUGCAAGGUGAGUCUGGUGACCCACCAGCGCUGCCACCUGCAGGAGGGGCCUGGUCCUGGCCAGCGCAUCCAGGAGAGGUUCUCACCCAACAGCCUGGUUGCCCUGCCCGGCCACAUCCCUUGGAGGAAAAGCCGGAGCUCCCUUAUCUGUGGUUACUGUGGCAAGAGCUUCAGCCACCCGUCGGACCUGGUGCGGCACCAGCGAAUCCACACAGGCGAGCGGCCCUACAGCUGCACUGAGUGUGAGAAGAGCUUUGUCCAGAAGCAGCACCUCCUGCAGCACCAGAAGAUCCACCAGCGCGAGCGGGGUGGGCUGGCCCUGGAGCCUGGAAGGCCUAAUGGCCUGCUUUAAGGGUGCCAGCCCCUCGCCCGUCUGGGGGGCGGAGGGGGCUGGCAUUGGUCCCCCCUAAGAAACACUGUGCAGAGUCAGGGACUGACUGCUUCGUGAGGGGAGUUGCUUCUGAUUUGCUUCCCUUGACCAAGUACCAAGCCAAGCCCAAAGGCUGUCCUGAAAACUACAUGGAAGAGGAAGAGCCAAGGGCCAGGCCUCUCCCUGCUGUCUUCACCCUGCUGCUGAGUGUGUUGUCUUUUGGGCACCUUCAGGCCUCUGCUUUUCCCAUCCAUGCUGAUACUCAUGUGCUGGGGUUGGCGUUCUGACCCCAUAGGGACUGGUGGCCAGUUCCAGGUCUUGUCUAGCAUUUCAUGUCUUCUCACAGGGUUGAGUUGGGCCACAGGAGUGAGCAGGUGUGUGGAAGAGUUCUGGAAAGCAUAACCCUUCCUCCUCUUUUGUAGUCUCUUUAUUAAUAACAAGUAGAAGAAAUAAUUUAAAUGCACUGCUUACCCUACUCUGAAGAACCUUUUUUGGAAUUAGAUACUAGUUGAUUUUUAAAAAAUACAGCCCAAUAUUUGUUUUUUAAAUUUCAAGAGUUGUAGAAGUUGUUCCUAAUGUGGGGACUGGGCCUACCCUCUAGGAGGGAAUAGUUUAUGGGCUCUUUUAGCCCACCUACACUUACUUAGGCCAGAGAACAGGGGACACAGUGCUGGGCUCCCUCUUGUGGGGUGCUUGGCUCUUAAAUGGGGCUAAUUGUCUCAAAAGGACCAAGAGGAAGAGAGUAGGUAGGGUAGAUCCCAAAGGCCCUUCUGAGAAGAAAGCUUCCUGUAAAGGAGCUGGAUCUGGCAGUUUAGUGUCUCACCAUACCCUUCUCUUCCUCUUCUAACCCUGUCCUCGUCCUCACUGGUUCUGCAGGCUCCUGGGGCAGAAGACUACUUUGUUAUUUAAAGUUGUUCAUCUUGUACCAGUGGUUAUUUGAGUUUGUUUCUGUUACACUAGUCAUUACUUGAGGUUGUUCAGAUUAUGUGUUCCAAAUUUGUCCUGGGACUGACUAUUCCCGAGAUGACAGGAAAAGCACACAAAUGCGUGUCUCUUGAAGUGCUGAAUGUCUGCCCCAUUGUUGCUUAGGGAGAUCUGAGUGGGCUCCUGGGUCGUAUGUGAAUGUCCCCUUGGGUGAUUUAUAGUUGCCUAGAAUAAAACUUGCUACUAGCAAAACAACAAAAA